AUGAAUGCUGCCGCAGAAGGUGAAAAGGCUCUCGCGGCCUCUAAUGCGCUUCUUGCAAUCCAGCACUAUACCCGUGCUUUGACUGAGCUGCCUCGCGCCCCGUCCUAUUACAUUCAGCGCGCAGUCGCGCGCUCGCGUGUGAAACCAGUCGAUGGUGGGCCGCAAUCCCUAGAGGCCCUUCGAGAUGCCGAAAUUGCUCUCGCGCUGGCUCGGGAACGUGGAAAGCGAGAGCUGAUCCUGCAAGCGCAGAUGCGGCGCGGAGUGGCACUGUACCAACUGGAGCGUUAUGCCGACGCCUCGUUCAUUUUUGGCAUUGUCGAAUCUAAAACUGCCACGGAACAGGGCUCGCGAAGCAAAGAGGACGAGGCCAAGGCUGCCAUGGCUGGCUUAUCGGCCGCAGGCAAGAAGAACGGUGUCAGCGCAGAACUGCCGAUUUGGAUUGCCAAAGCCCGCCGCAAGUUAGCGGAGUUGCAAGCCGACGAUGAAAAACUGUCAGCUUCGAUUCCCGAGUUCCCUUCUGAUACACGCAUUCCCACCGAGGCCGAACUCAAGGCCGAAUGGCAAGCUCUCAAAUCCGGACAAUCAUUUGCUGCUCAAAGUCAGACAGCUCAAGGAAGCGGUCAGAAGGAUGUCUCCGCUGCGGCUGCUGCAGAUCUCAAAGAAUCUGCCAGUGAAGUCACAACUAAGCCCGCAUCAGCUGCUCCGGUACAAAAAGUUCGCCAUGAAUGGUAUCAGUCACAUGACUCUGUUGUGGUGUCUCUUUACGUGAAGGGGGUCUCGAAGGACAGCGUUGAGCUGGAUCUGCAGGAAAGCUCGGUGACGCUGCAGUUUCUCCUGGCUUCGGGCCCAACCUAUGACUUCACUCUGGAUCCAUUCUACGCCCCUAUCGACAAAGCUGCAUCGACAGUCUCCGUUAUGGGCACUAAGAUCGAAUUGAUUCUCAAGAAAAUGACGCCUGGGCAGAAGUGGAGUGCGCUGGAGGGUACGCCAUCUGCCACCACUCAACUAACAGACCGUCCUGCUGCUCCUCCAGCACCAGUACCCUCAGCUCCAGCCUACCCGACCUCAUCCCGAAAGGGUGCCAAGGAUUGGGACAAACUUGCGUCAAAUCUGACGGCCAAGAAGCCAAAGGGGAAGAAACGCGAUAGCACGACCGAGAAAAAAGAAGGGGAUGAUGAUGUGUCCGACGCAGAAUCAGUAGAUUCGGAAUUCGGUGGUGACGCCGUGGAUGGUUUCUUCAAAAAGCUCUAUGCUGGUGCUGACCCGGACACGCGACGGGCCAUGAUGAAGAGCUACAUUGAAAGUCAAGGCACAUCUUUGAGCACUAACUGGUCAGAAGUUGGCAACAAAAAAAUGGAGCCUCAUCCUCCCAGUUGA